AUGCGUUCUUCAGCUUCAUAUACCUGUCAGAAAUGCCUACAUGCACUUAGGAGAACGCCCAUGUCAAUUGGCCUAGGACGAAGAACCAUUGCUUCCGGCAGUAGUAGAAGCCCCAAGCUCUCUUCGAAUGUGCCAUCCGGGAAUCAAUUGGCACAAAAAGAUUUAGGUCGUCGAGCAAUAUCGUUUGGACAAGGUCAGAUAGCGAGAAAUGAGCCUCCGCAAUAUCGAAGUCCAGGUGGUUUGGAAUCAACCCCGCCACCAGAGGUUGAAGGAAGAGCUCUCUUGAUGCCAAACAACCUUUUCCACUCCUUCUCGAAUUCGCCAUCUCCCGAGAUGCGAAGACGAGCAGCUUUUAUGAAACAGAACGCCUAUUGUCCACACCCAGAUCACCAUCAGACUCGAUUGCCAACAAAUCCAGACGAUCCCGAAGCACGAAAACCUGCCACAGGCGCGUUACCGCCUGCACAUGUCAAUUUUGAAUGCCCAGAUUGUGGAAUACCUGUGUCAUGCUCAGAAGAGCAUUGGGCUGAUGAUUACGAGGCACAUUUGGAGAUAUGUGAUACUUUACGAGAGAUAAACGAGGAUGAUCAUGAUCUACGUUCAGGGCGGUUCUUCCCCGAGUUCGAGUACCCUGGAGAUCAGAUUGAAGAGGCUAUGGUUAACAUGACAAAUUGGGAUACUCUACUCUUCUCACGGGAGUUUAGAGCUAUCAAUGACGAGAGAAGUCUAAGACAGGCGACUAGGUUAUUGACGUACCCUCUUACUAUUGGAAGCGUGAUGCAUGAAUUGAGCCCCUACAAUAUUAAGAAAGGCGGCAGAUUGACAGUCGAAGGUCUAAAGAGUUUAAGUGCUCUACGUUAUAAUUUACAUCCUGCACUAAACGGAGGUGGAUCUGAAAUUAAGAACCUUAAGCCAACCCCGCCUCCAAUGAGAAUCUUUAUCCUUGGAGCUCGCGCAGAAUCUUCGUUGCCCAGAGAAGUUUGGGUGCAGUUGGCUCAUUUGUUUCCUCGUGUUACAUUCCACCUGAUUUUCAUCGGGCCCGAAAGUAUGGCGAACAGAGAUGCCGAAUUUCCUUUGCCCAAACGAACUCCGGAAAAUCCUUUUGGCUCAAUUGUUGAGGAUCGUAUAACGAACUCCUUGAAGAUUAGUACCUUCGUGGAGUACUAUCACACCCUUCACAAGGCUGGUCACUUCUCUCCUUAUGAUCCUUACUUUGAUUGCUUCAUGCUAUUCCAUCCUGGCUUGGGACACCCAGCCAGCUCACACGAGUGGGCGGAAACCAUCCCACAGUUGUUAGAGACCAAGGUACCAAUUUUGGUUACCGGAUACACACAAUACGAUAUGGAUCGUGAUAUUGAUUGGGUCAAGAAGACCGUGGGAGGAGAAAUGGACAUGCUAAUGGAACCAGGAGAGAAUCGCUUCCGAAGCUUGAGAUGGGAUCUCAAUGACAUGGACCCUCAAGACAUUAGCUGUGGUAACUGGGGCGUAUGGGGGUUCAGAGGAAAGAGAUAUGAAACUACGAAGGGCAAGGAAUAG